AAUCCAUCAGAAGCGAAAAUAGAUUUUAAAGAAGUGGUUUCUAUGGAAACAACAGUAAAUACUGCCCUAUUUGAACUUAAGCAAACGAUUUCUGUUUCCUGCACCAAGUAUCAAGCAAUGGCUGCUGGAGAUAAGACAACACAAGAGAAUAAAAGUGUUGACUCUGUACACGAUGGAAAUUAUUCUGAUCUUUCUAUGUCAGUUGCAGCUGAUUUUAGUAACAAACUAGAGCAGAGAGUAGAACGACUUGAAACAACGCUAACUUCUAUGCAAAGUAGUAAUAAAAAAACUGAAGCUGACGUGACCGAAUUAAAACAAUGGAGGGACACUUAUAAAACAGAAGAAAGUAAUAUGAAGGAACACAUAGAACAAAUGGCUUUAAAGCAAAAACAUAAUGCUAAGCAAUUCCGAAAGCAAAUUAACGAACAGAAAAAUAUAACGGAUGAGAUGAAUGAAGAAUUGAAACAAUUGAAUGAAAUAAAACAAUGGAGGAAAACACUAAUAUCAGAACAUAACACUAUGAAGAAAUAUUGAAGAAUUGUCUAAGACACUAACAGAUAAUAAAGAAAAGACUGGAGAGCAAAUACAAGAAUCCACAACCAGAAUAAAUGAGUUGAAUACAGAAAUUAAGACCCUGAAAGAAAAAUAAUCAAAUACAAGCCAAACACUGGAAAUCACGAAUACAGAGAUGAACAAGUUUGACAUAAUAUUGAACAAAAUAAAUGAAGAAUUAGAAAUUUAAACAACUAAGACAGAGAAAUUACAAAAAGAAAUUAAAUGUCAUUCUGAUGUUUUAUCUCACUUGAGGGAGGAAGGAAAU